UCACCGCUGGACGUCAGCGGCACCGGUGACCAGGGGAUGGAGCUGCAGUACGCACAGCCGGUGCGCAUCGUCGAGUGCGAGCCCGCCGGUGCUCAGGAGGUGACUCUGUCGCCGAGCCAGGAUGCCGACUCGGGCCGCACCUCAGUGUCGCCCACCGGGACCGCCUCGGCUGACGCCGACGCUCCGGAGCAGGCGCUGCAGACGCGUCUGCGACAGAGCCGAGAAUGGGUGGAGCUGAAGGUGCUGGAGAUGUCGCCCGACCUGACGCAGCUGGGCCACAGUCUGGAAGAGGCCCAGCUGCUGCAGAAGCAGCACGACGAGGUCCUCCAGAAGCUGGCCAGCAAGCAGUCGCCGGUGGAGGAGCUACUGAACCAGGCCGACCAGCUGAUCGCCAGCCAGAGGCCCAAGGCCGAGGUGUACUCGGCCAUGGCCGAGAGCCUGGGCCUGGCCUGGCGCGACCUGAACGCCCAGCUGGAGACGCGCCGCCAGAUGCUGCAGCACAGCGUGGCGUUCCACAGCCGAUCGCGGAACUUCAGCGACAGCAUGGACCUGGCCGAGCGGGUGUUCGGAGAUGUCCGAAUACCGUCCGACGCCGAGGAGGCCCAGGCCGCCAUCAGGCAGCUUACCGAGGUGAAGAAGAGCAUGCUGGAGGCCUCCAUGUUUACGCUGCAGGAGGGCAACCAGCUGCUGGAGAAGCUGCGUCAGCUGGCCCAGCGGGGAACGAUCGACUCGCGACCGAACAACAUCCGACCCAGCGUUCAGUCGGCCUGCGCCCAGGUGGAGCUGUGGCUGGAGGAGCUACAUGACCGCCGUCGCUGCUUGGAGGUGCUGUUCAGCAACCGGCGCACCAUCCUGGAGCAGUGUCGCACCCUGAGCCAACUGUACGCCGACCUGGGUGCCGUCCAGAAGCGAGCCGAGCUGGUUCGCCGGGAGCUGGCCGCCGGCUGUCAGCUGGGUGACUCGCCUGGCUCAGUCGACAUACUACUGCACCAGCACGCCAAGGUUGAGCUCGAGGCCAAGGCGGUGCAGGACCGAGCUCUGAGCCUGCUGCGGACGGCCGAGGCCCUGGUGCGGAGCGGCACGUACGCCCGCCACGAGCCCGGCACGCGCGCCUACGCCGUGCUCGAGAUCUGCACCCAGCUGAUGGAGGAGGCGGAGCGGCGGCGCGCCAUGCUCGCCGCGGCGGCACGCUUCUUCGGCCAGGCCCAGCAGGCGUGCGAGCGUCUGGACAGCCUGGAGGCGGGGCUGCGCACUGCACCGCCGUCCGAGCAGCCGCGGGUGCACGCUGAGACGGCCGACGAGCUGGAGCGGACGGCCGAGCCUGCCCUGCAGGCCGGACAUCAGCUGCUGGACCGGGCCGGCCGCGGCGCCGACGGCACCGAGGGCGUGUCGCAGUGUGUGGAUGAGCUUCAGCGCAGGGCUGACUCGCUGGGCCAGCUCUGCACGGCUCACAAGGAGGAGAACCUGCGACGCACGCAGCUGUACAACGACUUCCUGGAGAAGUACAACUCACUGUUCAGCUGGAUGGUGGGCGAGGGCGAGACGUUCCUGAGGACGCACACCGACCUGGGCCAGGCGCUGAAGCCGGCCGCUGACUUCGCCACCCUCCACCAGCAGAUGUGGGACGAUAUCGCGGACCACGGCCGGGAGAUGGACGCGCUGCUGAGCGCGGUGCCGACUGUGGGCGGCCAGCUGGAGCCGGAGCGGGCCGCCGACAUGCAGAGGAAGGCCGAGGACAUGCGGGCCCAGUGGAGCAGCCUGCAGAACAUCGUCGGCUCCCGGCUGGACCUGCUGCAGCCGUACGUGCGCUUCCACCAGCUGGCCGCCGAGCUGCAGACGACGCUGGAUGGUCUGCGGACCGCGCUGGGCAGGCCGGGGCUCACCGAGGAAGACAUCAAGCGGGUGGAGGACGAGUGGCUGAAGAUGCAGCAGCAGUACCACCAGCUUUCCACCGUCGGCAAGGGCUUCGUGGAAAGUGCGCAGCAGUGUAAAGACCCGUACCUGGACCUGCGCAAGGCGUGCCUGUGCGUCGAUGCCAUCCUGGAGCACCUGCGGAGCGAUCAGCUGAAGGUGACGGAGACCUACGAGCACAUCCAGAUGACCAUCACCACGAGCAAGCAGUUCAGCCGCGAUUGGGACGCCUGCAAACAGGACUCCCGACAGACUCUGGAGCGGACCGAGCGGCUGCAGACGGAGCUGUACCCGGUGCUGCGAGAGCCGGACCGGAACCUGCAGCGGCGCUCACAGCUCUGCCAGCAGAAGGCCGACACGGUGGUGCCGCUGCUGCAGCAGGCGCGCGCCGAGCUGGACCAGCGCAGCCGCACCGCCGAGAAACUCCGGGACAGCGGAGACACAAAGGGCGAGGCUGACAACUUGGUGCGAGAACUCACUAACAAGAGGGAACAAAUCACGACUACCACGUCCGACUACCAGAUGACGCUCCAAAUGAUGACGUCAUACUUUAAAAGUCUACAGGAGCUAGAGGAGCGGACUGAGCGGCAGCGCCGCCAGGACUCGAGCCGCCCCCUGCCCAGCGCGCCGGACGACUGUCAGGCCGCGCUCAGGGAGCUCGAGACCACACAGCGCACCUUCCAGGAGAUCUUCAGGAUCAGCGGCAGCGAGCUGGAGCGCCUGGAGGAGAAGGUGCGUCAAGUGGAGCCCCCGGCUGCCGCUCAGCAUGACGUGCACGAGCUCCAGCACGCCCUGGAUACAGAGAAGUCCAAGUGGGAGGAGACGCUGAGCUCGCGCCGUGAGCAGCUGGAGAAGCAGGCCACCUCGUCCGCCUUCAACUCGGAGCUCUUCACCAUCAACCACCAGCUGCAGGAGCUGAGCAGCCAGCUGUCCACCAUGCGCGGACAGUACGGAGAAACGCUGCGGGAGGCUGAGCAGACCAGCAAGGCGUUCAAGGGUUUCGAGGACACGAUAGGGAACACCGGGAAGCAGAUUCAGAACUUCGUCAGCACCGCUCAAGGCUUCUUGUCCGAGUCGCCGGAGCCGGAGCGGGUGAUGCUGGAGCUGAACACGCUGGAGAACAAGUGGUCCUCCUUCUACCGCCAAGUGGGCGACAACAGGAAGCUGAUCGAUCUUUCGAUCGACUACUUCCGGCUGGUGGAGGAGGCGGAGGACUGGUACAAGGACGGCGGGAAGCUGCUGGUGGACAUCGCGCGCAAGUCGACCCAGAUCCGCACGCCGGAGGAGGCGCAGCGCCUGCGCAGCGAGAUCCACCUGUUCCUGACGCCCGGCGAGGAGCGCCAGGAGGAGCGGCUGCGCACCAUCACCGUCAUGGCUGAACAGCUCUACGGCACGCGCCAGCCGGAGCGGGUGGUGACGGUGACGCGGCAGCACCAGGAGAUGGUGGAGUCGCUGCGCACCGUGCGCGAGGAGCUCCAGACGCUGGUGCGCACGCUGGAGACGGCCGACGCCGAGCGCGAGGAGCUGCGCCGCCACAACGACCAGCUGACGCUGACGGCGCGCGCCGCCCAGCAGGAGGCAGACGCGGCGCGCGCCGCCGCCUCGGCCGCCGACGAGGCCCGCCGCGCCGCCGAGGCGGCCGCCCUGGCCCUGCAGGAGAUGCCGCGGCCUAUCACGCCGCUGGUCGUACCCAAGGUCGACGUCUGCACCGAAACCGUGGCCCACGUGGAAAAGGUAACAGUUGACCGCGCCACCCAAGAAAUUCCGGUUGGUACCUCGGACGCCUCGACGCAGAAGAUUCCAGUUGGCACCUCCGAUGCAUCAACACAAGAGAUUCCGGUCGGCACCUCCGAUGCUUCAACGCAGAAGAUUGCGGUGGGCACUUCAGAUGCCUCAACGCAAGAGAUUCCAGUCGGCACCUCCGAUGCUUCAACGCAAGAGAUUCCAGUCGGCACAUCCGAUGCCUCAACGCAAGAGAUUCCAGUUGGCACCUCCGAUGCCUCAACGCAAGAGAUUCCAGUCGGCACCUCCGAUGCUUCAACGCAAGAGAUUCCGGUCGGCACAUCGGACGCGUCAACCCAGAAGCUACCCGUCGGCACUUCGGACGCGUCCACGCAGAAGAUCCCGGUGGGCACCUCAGACGCGUCGACGCAGGAGGCGAGCGUCUCGGUGGUUGACGCCGGGACGGUCCCGUGGCUGGUGGAGGAGGUCGCCCCGGUGUCGGCGUCCCGGCGACCGCGGCUGGGUCACGCGCCGCCGCCCGCUCCGCCCGUUUUCACCCAGCCGCUGCAGGACCGCACGGUGGAGGAAGGCGAGCGACACACCCUGGAGACCAGGGUCAUCGGAGAGCCGCAGCCCAAGACUAACUGGCAGAAAGACGGCGUAUCGUGUGACAACAACUCCGACUACGCCAUCACCAGCGAGAACGGCGUGUGCACGCUGACCAUCGAGGAGACGCUGGUGGAGGACAGCGGCACGUUCACCUGCCGCGCCUGGAACCCAGCCGGGGUCAGCGAGACCAGCGCACGGCUCACUGUCAAUGAGCCGGAGCCGCGGGAGCCGCUGUCGCCGCCGCUGUUCAGCAGGCCGCUGCGGGACGCGCGGCUCGAGCAGGGCGGCCCGCUGCAGCUGGAGGCCACCGUCACCGGACACCCGCUGCCCGACGUCACCUGGCUCCACAACGGCGUCUGCGUCGACGGCUCGCGCCGCUACGUCACCACCUACAACAACGGCCAGUGCCUGCUGCGCGUGGAGCAGGCGCUGCCGCAGGACCAGGGCAGCUUCGUCUGCCGCGCCACCAACGCGCUGGGCACCGACCAGACGGCCGCCACCGUGCGCGUGCAGCCGCGGGUGCCGUCGGAGGCGCCUCGGUUCACGGUGCCGCUGAGUAACGUGAUGGCGCGGGCCGGCCAGAAGCUGCGGCUCGAGUGCGAGGUGACGGGCCUGCCCCACCCGGAGCUCAGCUGGCGCCACAACGAUCGCCCCGUCCAGGAGAGCAGGGACACCAGGGUAACGUUCGACGGUCUGCGGGCUACGCUGACCAUUCCCGAGGCCUUCCCCAAGGACGCCGGCACCUACGUCAUCACGGCCAGAAACUCGGCCGGCGAGGCCACCUGUUCCUGCAAUGUGUCCGUCAAGGGUCGCCUGCCCACCGAGACGUCCGACUCUGAGAUGGCCAGCGACAUCGAGCCAGUGAAGCCGUGUAUCCAGGUGGAGCUGCGGGACCUGACGGUGGAGCAGGGCGAGCGGGCCCAGCUCGACUGCGUGCUCACCGGCCAGCCGGAGCCAGAGGUGAUCUGGUACCACGGCGACGAACCAGUCAAGGAGUCCAAGGACUUCCAGCUGCUGUUUCACGGCGACCGGUGCACACUGGUCAUCAACCACGCCCUGCGCGAGGACGCCGGACCCUACUCCGUGGUGGCCAUCAACUCAGCUGGCGAGGCCACCUCCUCCUGUCGGCUGCACGUGCUCGCUCCCCGAACGCCGACUCCGGAGGAGCCGGUUGAGGAGCCCAAGUUCACGCGGCUCCUGACCGAUGCCAGCGCCAGGGAGGGAGAGCGAGAGGUUUUGGAAGCUGAGGUCACUGGACUGCCAGAGCCCACGGUCGUCUGGCUCAAAGAUGGUCGUGAGGUCAAGUCCACGGAGAGCAUGAAGAUCAGCCUGGAGGGCGGCCGAGCUCGGCUGGAGAUCGGCUCGUGCCUCCCCCAGCACGCCGGCAACUACAUCUGCGUGGCGUCCAACCGGGCGGGCGAGGCGCGCUGCUUCUCGCACGUGACUGUGCGCCCGCGGCCCCAGCCCGUCCAGUUCCGGCCCCCGCCGCGCAUGGAGCCGCCCACGUUCGUGCAGAUCUUCAAGGACCAGCACGUGGCGACCGGCACGGACGCGCUGUUCCAGUGCAUCAUCGAUGGCAAGCCCAAGCCGACGGUGCAGUGGAUGUUCGAGGAUGGCGCUCUGCCGUCGGACAAGUUCGAAACGCAGUCGGAGGGCCAGCAUCACAUGCUGAAGAUCCGCUCCACGGAGAUGGGCCACAGCGGCCGGGUCAAGUGUGUGGCCGAGAACGAGAUUGGCAAGGCCACGUGCGCCGCACACCUAUCCGUCGAAGAGCCCGUGACCGACAUUUCGCUGCCUGUGACGGAACAGCGCAUUUCCACCGGGUCCAGCAAAGAGUCCUCCAAGUCCUUCGCUCUGAAGAAAACCAUGUAUACCGAAGUACAUGAGCAAACCCAGGUUGUCAACGGUGACAAGAAGCCCAAGCACGACGGGUUGGAGGAGCAGAGCCAGGAGGUUCACUCCAGUGUGACGGCCCCCUCGGACCAAAAGAUGCUGCGAACCACGUACGAAGAGUGUCGUCAGGACCGGAACCAGCAGCGGGUGGAGCGGCGGCCGGCCAAGCCACCGCGCUACCUCACACCACUGCAGGGUGUGCUGGUCAAACAGGGCGACACCGUCAACCUGGAGGGAGUCUACACAGGCUCCCCGCCCCCGGACGUCAAGUGGUUCAAGAGCGGUGUCGAGCUGGCGCCCGGCGACCGCGCCGUGACCUCGCACGACCAGAGCCGGGUCACGCUCACUCUGGAGCGGGUCACCGAGGAGGACGGCGGCCGCUACACCUGCACCCUCAGCAACCCGGCCGGCACGGCCACCAGCACCGCGGACAUCGUGGUGAAGAAGACCGUGUUCCCGCCGGUGUUCGACCACCGACUGAAGGCGCAGGUGGCCCGGCCGGGCCAGCGGCUCUUCUUCGAGGCCACCGUGAGCGGCACGCCGCAGCCGGAGGUGGUCUGGACCAAGGACGGCCGGCCGCCCGACACUCAGCGCACGACCGUCAAGCGGGAGGGCACCCGGCACAUCCUGGCCAUCGAGAACGUGACCCCCGCCGACGCUGGCAAGUACAGCAUCCAGGCGACGAACGCGGGCGGCGAGGCCACCUCCAUCGCCGACCUGGUGGUGUCGGACGAGGUGCCGGUGCUGGUGGAGCGGCGCCUCACCACCCAGGACCUGUCGGAGCGCGAGUAUAAAGCGACGCUAGAACGAAACUCAGCGGUCUCGAAGGCGGCUGAGCCAGCGACGCAGCCUCCAGCGACGGUGCAGCCCCCAGAGCCCCUCCCACCCGUUCCGCAGCCCCAGCCCGCUCCUUCCGGGGUCAGGCAGGCCAUCUCAAAGAUCGAGCAGACGCAUCAGUCUAGCUCGUCGGAAGUGGUGCGGCACACGCAGCCGGCCGCGCCAGCACCGAGGACGGUCCGGUCGCCGUCGCCGACCACCCGCCAGCAGACCCGUUCCACGGACGCCACGCAGGUGCAGAAGGAGCAGCGCAUGGUGACGAACAAGGUGACAGUCGACCUGCGCGACGCCGCACGGCCGGAGCGGCCCGUGGAGCGAGAGGCGAUCCCCGACACCCGGGCGGCCGUCACCGAGGGCAGGCAGGCGAAGGAGUCGAAGCUGGUCCAGCUGUCGGAGAUCGCGGCCAUCCCGCAGCCGCCGCCGGCCGGCAGGGCCGACGUGUGCAUGCCGAGUGCGCCGCCCGACCGGCGGCUCUCCGACAUCAAGCGGCUGAUCGAGACACAGAUAGAGGAGGUGGAGACGAACGGCUCGUCGGCCGAGCUGCGCGGCGGCGUCUGCGUGCUGCCAUCGGCCGCCGCCGCGCCCUUCCGGCCGUUCCCUGACCUGGAGCCGUUCCCGUACGAGCCUGAGCGGCCGCGGCCGGCGUCGGCGCGCGCGGUGCACCCACCCCCCACGCCGACGCGCUUUGUACCGGGCCGCUUCAGCGAGACCGACUACGAGAGCGACUUCGACGAGCGCAUCCCAACGCGCUGGCAGGCGGAUGGCUACGAGUACAUCGACCGGCGCGAGAUCCAACGGCCGGUGAGAGAGGCGGUGCAGCAGUGGCCGCCGCCGCCCGAGCAGCCAGACGCGGAGAAGGUGGCACGAGAGACGCGCGAGGAGACGCCACAGCCGCAGCUCAGAACGCGCACACCGAGCGGCGCGUCCGACACGCCGCGCGCGUUCUCGCCUCGCGCCACCCCCGAGGGCCUCAGCAUGCAGAAGAUGUGGUCGACCAAGAGCUACGGCAGCAACAUGGAGGAGCGCGCCUACGAGGCCGGCUACACGUCUGACUUCGCUGGCUACGCGUCUGAGCCGGAGCUGGCGGCGCUGGCCGCCCGCCGGCCUGAGCCCUACAUCCAGCAGAAGCCGAAACCGGCGCAGACUCAGCAGAAAGCCGUGUGGCAGCAGCAGAGCAGCAUGCGCCAUGUGUCGCAGCAGCAGACGUCGGCGCCGUUCCCCGAGCUGGCGCCGUUCCCGUACCGGCCGGAGGAGACGCAGGCGCGGCCGCCGCGCGGCCCGCCGCCGCGCAUGCCGUCCAAGUUCCAGAAGGGCGAGAUGCGCGAGUCUGACUACGAGAGCGACUACGAGGGUCGCAUCCCGGCGCGCUGGCGGCCGGCCGACAGCGGUGACGAGGAGCCGCACCCGCCGCCGCGCGCCGAGUACGCCGACUCGGGCUACACGGCGGACGCCGAGAACACGAUCCGCCGUCAGCGGGCGUCGCAGUACUCGGAGACGGUCGACCUCUCCUUCCAGUCGCAGCGCCCUCUGGCGGACGGCGACGAGCCUCGCUCCGAGUCCCCCCUGUCCGUGUCCAGCGUCCCCGAGCAGGCGGCGGACGUGGCGCCGGCGCCGGCUCGGUUUGGAAAUGGCAUAUGCUUUCUUGAAGGUGAUUCAGGCGGCCGGCGGUCCGGCGUUGUUCAGCAUGCGCUGACCGUGAGCGGACGCUCUCGCUUUCAGGCGGGUGAGGAGCCAGGCAGCCGCGCUCAUGAGGCGGUUCUAGACAGCGCUGUGUCGUCGCUGGUCGGGCCGACGCCGGGGUGGGGCGAGCCGGCGGCGGCGGGCCGGCCGGCGCCCGCCCUGACCGGGGCCCCGCCGGCGGGCGCGCCGCCGCCGCUGACCGGCCACCGGCGCACCGAGACGAGUCACACCACAAGUCUGCGUUCGGUCACCGAGCAGCGCACGCGGCGCGUCGUCAACCUGGGCGACGUCCUCAGCCCGGACACGACGGUCAAGCCGGAGCCGCAGCUGCAGCCGCAGCCGCAGGCGGCCGUAGCUGGCUGUGACGUGCAGCAGUCGGCAGGCAGCGCGCUGCGCGAGUUCUCUGGCAGCGCUGAGACGGCUGUGGACAGUGGGCGGCCGCAGCCGAGCUAUAAACAGGUUAACAGCAGUGAGACGAUUGAGAGAGUGAGCCGGCAGCUGCAGCAGUCAGCACAGAGACAACCAUCGCCGCCGCGGCAGCUCGUGAAGAAAAGUGUCACCUCCACAGAAAGCAUUCACAGGCAGGUCAAAAAGUUUGAAAGCACCACUGAGCGUGCCGUGAAGAUUGGCGACGCUCCCAUCCUCCCUCAACAGCAAACAGGUGGCACCACAAGCACAACGACGCGAGAAAGUGCCCACAACGGCUUCAACCAGAUCCAGACACGCACCGAAGCCGCCAAGCAGCCCGAGCCGGGCCCGGAGCCGGCGCCGUCGACGCAGAGAGGGUCGGUGACCACGACGAUGACGUCACAGCUGAGCAUGCAGCGCACAACCCUCAGCUCGCAGACGGCGGGCGGCGGCCCGGCGGCCGAGUCGGCGCCGAGCGAGCCGGAGCCGACGCGCGGCCGCGGCCGCGCCCGCACCCGCGCCGUCCAGCCCUCGCCGCCGCGCGCGCCUACCAAGUUCAUCCCCGGCGAAAUGCGCGAGUCCGACUACGAGAGUGACCUGGAGACACGCAUCGUGGCUAAGUGGCAGCCGAGCCCGGAGCGCGGCGCCGGCCAGCCGGGCUACCGGCGCGUGUCGUGCCCGUCGCCGCGCACCGGGCCCGCCUCGCCCGGCCGGCACCGCUCGCGCUCGCCCACGCCUCCCUCGCGCUUCGAGCAGCCGGCGGCAGCGGCGGCGCGCCGGCCGCAGGAGGCCUCGCCGUCUCGCAUCCCGCGCUUCUCGCCACAGGCGGCUCGCAAGGGGCUUCCCGGGAAGUCCGUUGAGGAGCCGCCGGCGCGCGCCGGCCUGGCCGCGGCGCCGGAGCCGGGGGCGUGCCGCGAGACGACGCGCACGAGUAGCCACCUCAGCCGGCGCACCACCACCGAGAGGAGGGAGACCACCCGCGCCACUAAGAUUCCUUCGCCUUCUCCUCCACCGACAUCUCGCACGCGUCAGCUUGUUCAGCAGCAGCAGCAGCAACAGCAACAGCAACAGCAACAGCAACAGCAGACUCAGCCUCAGACAAUACACCACCAUGUGCAGCAGGAGCAGAGCGAACAGCAGCCAGCGCGAAUCCAACAGGAAAGUCAUCACCUUCAGCAAACACACUUCACUCGCAUCGAGAGCAGCCGGCAGCUUCAGGAGCAGCAGCAGCGCACACAGAUCGAGCGUCCGUAUCAGCAACAGCAACAGGAGGCGUGGCUACAAAGCCAACAACCGCAGCUUCAGCAGGAGCAGCAGCAAACGCAGACGCAGCCUCAGAGCCUCUGUCGUCAGCAGCAGCGGAAGGAGGAGACGCGUCUGCAGACGGCACGCGAUGAGAGACUGGCGGUCACUGAAUCGCACCCUCCCAAGCUGUCAGAAGACCAUUCGGCCUCGCAGACAAACCGUACAGAGGCGUUGUCUCAGGAGCUCAGCGACAUGAAGCGGACGUUCAACUCUAAAGUGCAGCGACUGUCGGAGGAGGUGCGCUCCGAGAUGGGUGGACGGCAGCCAGCAGCUACAGAAGCCAGCCGAACGGCAGCGGAUGGUACCCGAACGACUGCGGGUGGUACCCGAACGGCUGCGGAUGAUACCCGAACGGCAGUAGACGGCCCGGCGCCCGCCACCAACGGACAGACAAUGGUCUACCGCAACGAGGACCGUGUCCGAGACUGCAGUACGAAGCACGUCGACGAAGGCUCAGGUCUCAUCUACUUCAAGUACGACUUCGGCUACGAGUUUGGCGUGCUGCAGCCGGGGGCGGCGCGGCCAGCGGCGGCGGCCGCUCCCGCGCGCGAGGCGCCUGGCCUCGAGGUGACCGUGGAGCGGACGCGCGGCGCCACCACGCCCGUGCCGCCGGCUCAGGAGCUCGACGGCGCGCAGUUGGACGACCUGGUGACGGCCGGCCGGCUGCGGCCCGAGAGCGCCUUCGGCACGCGCACGCCGCCCAACGUGCUGGUCAGCUACCCGGCCACGGACGGCGAGCGUUCGGACGGCGAGGAGGUGGCAGGGUCGGCCGGCCGGCGGCGACAGCGCCUGCGCAGUCCGGCCGCCGCCGGCGACACCGACCAGCCGUCGCCGCGCGCGCCCGUGCUGCUGCGCCCGCUCUCCGACGUGUACGUGCACCGCGGCGACAGCAUCGAGCUCAAGUGCAUGGUGGACGCGCUGCCGGAGCCGCGCGUCACCUGGUACAAGGACAGCCGCGUGGUGGGCGUCGGCGCCGGGCCGCCGUACCGCACCUCCGUCGAGAGCGGCAUCUGUCGGCUCAGUGUGCGAGAGGCGUACGCAGAGGACGCUGGCCUCUUCCGCUGUGUGGCGGCCAACGCUUUGGGUUCGGUGUCGACGGAAGCCCUGGUGUGCGUGGCAGGUGAGAAGUGAGCGCGCCCCGCCGGCGGGUGUUGUCCCGUUCGCCACCGUGCCGGGUCAGGAUGGGACGGGGCGGGCAAGCCGCGGUGGACCGGUGUAUGAGUCCUGUCGGACCUCCGGCCGGCUGGUCCCUGCGAGUCCCGCCGGUGGUCUCCGUGUGCGGGCGCGGACAGAGGGAGCCAGUGCGCAUGCGUGACCGUCAAGUACCGCUUGCUGCUUAAGCUCUGUAGACGACUGCUAGUCAGAUUUCCAUACGAGGCGCGGAUGGGGGUGCACUCUGAGUAGCGCGGUUGAUGUGAGGUGCCAUCGUUGCCAGACGCGUGUGCGAUACCGACGAGUUUGCUCUGUUGUCGACUUGGCUUCAGCCUGCGGGCAGCUAGUUUACGUUGUACAUACAUGUGGAAUGUUGUGUGUUCACGAUACGCACAGCGACUCUGUGCCUCUGUGUCACUCUGCACCUGUGACGUUUGUGUCGGUCUGCAAGAUCUGUAGCCCACGUGGCAUCGGCUGGACCCAGUAUCUGCACUGGCAUCGUCUCGCCGCACUUUUUCUCCCUGGCGAUCGGCUUCAGUCUGCGUCUUACUCGAAUCAGCGUUUGGGCAGCGUGUCUGUCCUUACUAAUGCAAUCAGCAACUCCCGGAAGCAAUGAUGCUACUGAUGUUGUGGUCGUGUUGUUAGCAAUACAUGAUAAAAUGGA